CAUUAUUCUUCUUCUUUUGUCUCUCUCUCUCCUCACGCCAAACCACACCAGCUUCGUCCCUUCAUCUCCUCACUUUCUCAUUUGUGGAAUUACUUUUGUCUCUUCCUCUCUGAUCUUCCACAGGCUCCUAUUAUCCCUUUUGCUUUCCCAAUCCUUUUCGCGAAAAAAAAAAGUUCACUUUCUAUUUUGGCCCCCUUUUGUGGUUCCUGAAACGCGUUAAGGGUUCUGUUUGUGUUAUUGGGUCAAUAAUGGGGUCCUGUUUUUCUAAAAUUACGGCCUCAAUUUUUGCGGUCUGGGGGUGAUUGAUUUUGGGGUGAAGGAAUGUAGCUGGAGGAGGUGGUUUUGUGUUCUCAAUUAGAAUUUCAUCCUCAUUCUUCAAAGGGGGUGUUGUAAAUUUCUUAAAUUUGAUUCCUUUUUUGUUUACCCUUUGUUCCGGAUACGCUGAAUUGGUUCCAAAUUUGAUGACUUUGGUGUGAAAUUUCAUUGGAUUUUGGUGGGUGUUUGAAGAAAGCUGGUGAUUUUAGGUUAUUUCAUUAUGGAGCAUGUGAUUGGUGGCAAGUUUAAAUUGGGAAGGAAAAUUGGUAGUGGGUCUUUUGGGGAGCUCUAUUUAGCUGUCAAUGUACAAACUGGAGAGGAGGUGGCUGUUAAGCUGGAACCUGUGAAGACCAGGCAUCCACAGCUUCACUAUGAGUCAAAACUGUAUAUGCUUCUUCAAGGAGGAACGGGGAUUCCCCACCUCAAGUGGUUUGGAGUUGAGGGAGACUACAAUGUCAUGGUUAUCGACCUUCUUGGACCAAGUCUGGAAGAUUUAUUCAAUUAUUGUAAUCGGAAGUUCACAUUGAAGACAGUGUUAAUGCUUGCGGAUCAAUUGAUUAACAGAGUUGAAUAUAUGCAUUCAAGAGGUUUCCUUCACCGUGACAUAAAGCCGGACAAUUUUCUAAUGGGUCUAGGACGAAAGGCAAAUCAAGUGUAUGCCAUUGACUAUGGCCUUGCAAAAAAAUAUAGGGAUCUUCAGACUCAUAGGCACAUACCAUACAGGGAAAACAAGAACCUUACAGGCACAGCACGCUACGCAAGUGUCAACACUCAUCUUGGAAUUGAACAAAGCAGAAGGGAUGAUCUGGAAUCUCUUGGUUAUGUGCUCAUGUAUUUCUUAAAAGGAAGUCUUCCCUGGCAAGGACUGAAAGCUGGCACCAAAAAACAAAAAUAUGAUAAAAUCAGUGAGACAAAGGUGUCAACUCCCAUAGAGGUGCUCUGCAAAUCAUAUCCGUCUGAGUUUGUAUCAUACUUCCGCUAUUGCCGAUCACUGCAGUUUGAGGACAAGCCAGAUUAUUCGUAUUUAAAGAGACUUUUCCGAGACCUAUUUAUUCGAGAAGGGUACCAGUUUGAUUACAUUUUUGACUGGACUAUGUUAAAGUAUCCACAGAUCAGUGGCAGCUCCAGAGGGAGGCAUGUCACUGGCAAGGCAGCUAUGCAUGCAGGUCCACAUGUACAAAAAGCAGAAAAGAUCUCAGUUGGGAAAGAAAUUCGAGAGAAAUUUUCUGGUGCAGUUGAAGUGUUCUCCUGGAGGAACCCUGCAAAUGCUAGUCCUCGUGGUGAUCACACCAAACAUAGAAGUUUUGAGGAUGCACCAGUGCAAAAGGAUUUGCACUAUGCGCAACACAAUUCCACUCGAUAUGGCAGCAGUUCAAGAAGAGCCAUGAUCUCAUCGAACAGGCCAAUAUCCUCAGGUGACCAUACUGGCAGGCAAACCAUAACUGGGAGCCGUCCAUCUGGUGCUCACAGAGUUCAACCAGUGUAUGACACCAAACAAGCAACUUAUACGCAUGGUGGCUCUAUAAGAGGCCGUGAUGAUCCUCUGCGGAACUUUGAGCUCCUCAAUAUCAGGAAGUAAUUAAGUAAAGGUUGUGUCUUUUUGUUGUUAUAUUCUGAAUUAUGACACUCCUGAGAUGCAAGAUCACCUUUUAUUCAAGAAUAGUCUCAAGCAUUAUGGAAAGAAACCCAAGAGUUGAGGUCAUAAUGGCAUGAUCUCCUGAUAUCAGUUUUGGACAAAGGUGGACUUUUUUCUGCCCCCAGAAUUGUUGUUUCACCAGGUUUCUCAGCCACUGUAGCGUGUUCUUAAGACGUGCCGAAGAGAAUUCAACUGAAAUUCUUUUAAUAUUUAAUUACUGUACUAGAUGAGACCUAAGUUGUAGUACGUUCCAUGAUACAACACCAUGUUCUUGUUUCUUAACAAUGAGGUCCAACGCUGCCUGUAUGUUACAUAUUAAAACUGCCCUUAAGAAUGGAAUUUAUUUACAAGCUACUUUUAUUGUUCUGACAUGGCUUGAAAGUUAAAAGGAUUUUCCACUCUAGAA